CCCACACUCACACUGAGCAUGCGCAGUAAAUGCGUGUCCUGCAUCGUUGGAGUGAUGGCUCGGUGUCCACUCAACGACAAACUGCGUUCACUGUCGAAAUACCGUCUACAAAUAACAGCGAGGAUGAAGUAAACGAGAACACACAGAUCUAGAAGAAGACAUCCACAAGCCAUGCAGAGGUGCAGAUGUUGCUCAGCUGUCCCUUCUUAGGGCUGCAUGCAGAUGCCUGUGCUCGCUCAUGGACAGCUAGUGCUCCCCUGACAUGUCAGUUCCACAUCAUGUCUAAAUGUGAACUGAUUGAGCUGAAGGACCUCAGUGUGAACGACUCCAUCGAGCUGGCCGCCCCGGCCGCCCACGCCUCCCCGCCGCCCGUAAGCCCAGGUCAGGGACGCCACUACUGCGCCGUCCGUCUGGUCGGGGACAGCGUGAGCUUCGAGGCACCGGGCUGUAACACCGGAGAGGCUGCUUUUGGUCACAACUUCCAACCCUACAGUUACACACAUCUCACCUGGUGUGACCUGUGUGGCGAAUUCAUCUGGGGUCUUUAUAAGCAGAGUUUGUGCUGUUCCAACUGCCAUUAUACUUGCCACUACCGCUGCCGACCGUUCAUCCAGCUGGACUGCAGCACGCAUGGAAGCGCGUACACGGAGAACACAGAAUAUAAGGAUGACUCCAUUGAGACCGACACAAAUGUGGAUGAACAAAUUGAAUUGGGUAGGAAGAAGUUCAGCGCUGGUGAAAUUCAGCAGAGGGUGAAGGAGUACAACGCUCAGAUCAAUAACAACCUCUACAUGGUUGAUAGUAAAGACGGGUCGUACACUGGUUUCAUUAAAGUCCACUUCCAGUUAGCCCGUCCCAUCUCCAUCCCUCCUCCUCAGUGUCAGAGCUCAACUCUGGAGGACACUCAGCUCGGCAGGCCGAUGAAGCGGCGGACCUCUUUCUACCUCCCUAAAGAUACUGCAAAGCACCUCCAUAUCAGCUCAGAAACACGGGUACAAGAAGUUAUUGAGGCGUUGCUCAACAAAUUCACUGUGGUGGACAACCCUGCAAAGUUCGCCUUGUUUGAACGCACAGAGAAACCAUCUCAAGUCUACAUACGUAAACUGUCUGAUGAUGAGCGUCCUCUCUACCUGCGCCUGUGUGCUGGCCCCAGUGAAACGGCCUUGAGUCUGGUUUUAAAAGAAAAUGAGACAGGGGAUGUAAAUUGGGAUGCAUUCAGCCUCCCUGAGCUGUGCAACUUUCUGCGAAUCUUGCAGCGUGAAGAAGAAGAGUAUGUACGGCAGAUUGUGAAACGCUAUGCUCUUGCUAGAGACAUGAUGAAGCAGACCAUGGCCCAAAUAACGACUCCUCAUUGACAGCGAGCAAAACAGAUUCUUAGAUGUGAACAUUGAGAAGAAAAUCUCUCCUGGUUUGAAAAUAAGGACAUUUACACUGGAUGUAAAAGGGAUGGAGAGAGCUCAGGCAAUAUGGUGUUUUUAGCAAUAGGCUGUUCAUAAAGCAAUAAUACACACAGUUAUAUUCAAUGUGAACUAGUGAAAGGAUCCAGUCUUGGUAUAUUUGUGCACUCAAAUCCACUGUUGUGAACUGGACUGGCUCAAACCAUAAAAACUGGCUUAAGUUAUUUGUUUAAAAAAAAAUGCUGCUAGAUGCCAGUUGUUGUUUUUUUUUGUGUGAUAUUAAACAAGCAAUUCAAAAUAUUUCUUGUAAAUUGUUUGAUCUAUUUCAUGGUUUAAGAAAAAAAUGUUUUAUUAACACUUCA